AUGGAGGAAGAUGAAUCCGUCUCAGAAUUUAAUGCUAAGUUGUGUGACAUUUCUAAUGAAUCCUAUGCUCUUGGCAAAAUUUACUCCAACAAGAAAUUGGUGAGAAAGCUACUUGGUGUUCUUCCAAAAAGAUUCAUGUCCAAAGUAACGUCUAUUGAAGAAAGCAGGGAUAUUGAAGCCCUUGAUCUAGAUGAAUUGAUUGGGUCACUCCAAAAUUAUGAGUUAACUCUUGAGAGAUGGGAGAAAUGGAAGAAAACCAAGAUUUAUGAGAAGGAGAAAACUGAAAUGGGAGUUGCUUUUAUCCAUAAGGAAGAGAACUCUAAAGAAGUUGAUUUGUCUGAAUCUUUUACAGAUGCUAAUCUGGCCCUUCUGGCGAAAAAUUAUGCUCGAUUCUUAAAGAAGAACUUCAAGAAAACUAAUCCUGGUAAUAAGGAAAAUACUUCUAGAAGGAACUUCCCUGGUCCUAACAGACAGUCUCAACAAUCAGAAAAGAAAGGAAAAGGGAUUCAAUGUCACGAAUGUUCAGGUUUUGGCCACAUACAGGCAGAAUGUGCAAAUACUCUUAAGAAAAAGAAGGCCUUGGCUGUCACAUGGAGUGAUAGUGAAGAAGAAGAGUCUAGUGAUGAAUCUAAGGAUGAUAAGUCUGUAAUGGCAUUUAUGGUCAGAGAAUCUGUCCCUGAAGAAGUUGAGGGAGAUGACACCUUGUCUGAUUCUGAAUCAACAGUUGAUGAGAAGAAUAAGGCUUAUGAGGAAAUGUUUACACAAUGGAGCUAUAUGGCUAAGAGAGUGAAGGAACUACAGGAUUUGAACAAAGCUCUUGAUGAUAGUAAAUGUGAACUAGAAGAUAAACUCAAGAAGAUGACAUUGGAGCUGUGUUCCAAAGAUAGUGGGAUAUACAAAUUGACUUCUGAACUUGUGAGAGCUAAGCAAUCUCUUUCUCAUGUUCUCUCGGGCACUGCUGCCCUGAAUCAAGCUCUCCAAAAUCAGAAGCCGUAUGGAGACAGAAUCUCUAUUGGAUACAAACUGUUAUACAAUCAAGGGCAUGAUUUGACUAUUGAAGAUAACUCAGCUUCAUCCUCUGGUGAUAAAAUAAAGUUUGUGUCUGCCUCUCCUACUAUCAAGGAUGAUCAACCGGAGAUAAUACCUGAUGAAUCUAAGCCCAACUCUGUCAAAAGAGGUCCUGUUAGUGAAAAAUCAAGGGUCAAACAGGCUGAUCGAUUUGUUCCAACGUGUCAUUUCUGCAAUAAAAGAGGCCACAUCAGGCCUAGAUGUUACAAACUCCGAACUUACUUGACAAACAUUAUCAAUAGGAAAUCUGGCCAAGGUUCCUGCAAUGAUCUUCAUAACUUUCAUUCAUCCAAAGAAGGUUUUGUCACCUUUGGUGAUGGAAAUAAAGGGGAGAUAAUGGGGCAGGGUGAUCUAGAUCUCUCAGAUGUCUUCCCUCUGACUGGACCAACUAGUGAUGUUAACUAUGAUGUGAACUUCACCAAGACACAAUGCUUAGUCUCAUCUGGAGGGAAAACAGUUCUCACAGAGAACAGAACGACAGAUCACUGCUAUGUCCUAUCCAAUCAAGUGAAAUGCCACAGGGUGUUCUUGGAUAAACCUGACUUAUGGCACUACAGACUUGGGCAUCUAAACUACAGAGACCUGAAGAAAAUUGUCUCCAUCAAAGCUGUCCAAGGGAUUCCUGAAUUCAGAUUGGGAAGAGAUCGUACUUGGGCAUCUAAACUACAGAGACCUGAAGAAAAUUGUCUCCAUAUAGCUGUCCAAGGGAUUCCUGAAUUCAGAUUGGGAAGAGAUCGUGUGUGUGGUCCCUGCCAACAAGGUAAACAAAUUAAGUCUUCUCAUCCUCCUAUAAAUGCCCUACUUACUUCCAAAGUACUGGAAUUAGUUCAUGUUGAUCUGAUGGGCCCAAUGCAAACUGCAAGCAUUGCGGGGAAAAGAUAUGUGAUGGUGUGUGUGGAUGACUUCUCAAGAUAUACUUGGGUAAACUUCCUUACAGAAAAAUCAGACACCUUUGGGGCCUUCUCCUCUCUUUGUCUGCAGCUGCAAAAUGAAAAGGGUGUCACCAUUGGCAAGGUUUAUCGGGUCAGAAGCGAUCAUGGGAAGGAAUUUGAAAACGACAUAUUUGCUCAAUUCUGUAAUAAAGUGGGUAUUAGCCACGAGUUCUCUGCACCUAAGACUCCACAGCAGAAUGGGAUAGUGGAACGAAAAAAUAGAACUCUUCAGGAGAUGGCUCGGGUUAUGUUGUAUGCAAAGGGAGUGGCUAUCCGGUUUUUGGCCGAAGCUGUGAAUACUGCAUGUUAUAUUUGCAAUCGAGUUCAUUUGAGAACUGGUGCAUCUCAAACUCCUUACGAACUGUGGAAAGGCAAGACUCCUAAUCUGAGCCAUGUACAUAUAUUUGGGUGUACCUGUUACAUACUGAAUGAUCGUGAUCAUCUUGGAAAAUUUGAUGCUCGGAAUGAUGAAGGAAUUUUUCUUGGAUACUCAACUAACAACCGUGCGUAUAGGGUGUACAACAAACGAACUUUCACAGUCAUGGAAUCAAUGAAUGUAAAGUUUGAUGAUUUGGAGGUGUCAGACAAUGGGUCUGGAUCUGGAGAGGAAGAUUCCCAUGACCCAUGUAUCCCAUCACUCCCUCUGGCUCCACUUAAUCAAGAAACACCAGAGAUAACACCAUCUGAAAGCCAACCAGUCUCAUCUGAAAAUGGUGGUACCUCAUCUGUUGAUUCUAUGGGAGAUGAAGCCAUCUCAGCACCUUAG